CAAUCAAACGCUUCUUUUCGUGAUUGAAUUAACUGUUAGGUAAACAUAUACAUGAUCUCAGUAAUAUUGUCAAGAUGCAGACAACAAACGAGUCAAGUCCACUAUUAGCGAGUGAAGAAGUUAUGGACAACGUUAGACAACGGGUACAACACAGAAUCGCCGGCCAUUUUAUGGGGGCAAUGGGCGCAGAAGAAACAGAUUCUCAUGCUGAAAGUAGUGAAAAAUCCAAACUAAGUGAACAUAUUGAUGAGAAAACAGAGAGAGAAAUAGAAAAGACCUUUGGAAAGCACAGAAGAAAAGAGUCCGCAUACAGCAUUCAGAAUGUACUGUGGCUGAUUGCAUCUAUCGCCGUGUUCUACUACACAGACUUCUACAUUGCAUGUCGAUACGACCAGCGAGUCAACAGGGUGUGGUUUAAUGUGGGAGCUAUCCUUGUACUCGUCAAUCUCUGCAUCGGUGCUUUCCUGAUUGUGUAUAUUACCUAUAUUAAGAAGGUGAGCUCUGAUGACUGGGAGACCCACUACCCCGCUGCCAUACCCAUAGCAACCGGCUCGUUUAUCAUGGGAGCAGUGUGUUUGACGGUCGGACUUUGGCCCCUCUGGAAUAUCUUCACCCCUGUAAUCUUGUUUAUCCUGUUUAUGGGAAUGAUCGUCACGUUAGCCAUGUUACCAAACUUCUAGAUUUUUUUCUCAAGAAUGUCUGACAACCUCCCAGCCACCAAGAACGCACCUGUUAACUUAUUGAUACUCAGAAAUAUUUUUACUGAAAAUUAAGUUAACACAACAAUGUUAUUAAUUUAAUACUGAAUGUUUUACAGCAUUUUUAAUCCAAACUAUUUUUGUAUGGGAAGGUUUACCAGUAUAUAUUUUCAGCAGGAUACAAGUUACCUACUUGCAGUUUCAGUAUUUGUUCAUUGAUGUGUAUUUUUACAUGGCUUUGAAGUCAGGAAUUUUCCAAAUUUGAAAACAGUUCCUGAAUCCAGGUACUCUAUAAAUACUGCAGAUUAAGCAAUGUAGUUUUAUGACCUACAGUAUGUAUAUUUUUAUCCAAGGUUAUUUUGAUUGAAAACAGCUCAAGUCUUUGGUACAGACUUGCAUGCUAAUGUGACAUGUGAAACAAAUUCAUUCCUUAUGUUUUAUUUUCUACAGUUAUAUGUAAAUAUGUUUAACUUAUAUUUUUAUGAAUAUUUUCCCUGUCUAUUAAUUUUGGCAUAUCAUAAUUCUAUUAUGGGGUUAUUUAAGGAAUAAGGAAUCAUUCUUUGAGUAUUAUGAGAUGAUAGUUUCGGUUAGGGCGUAAUCAGAAGAUUUGAUUACGCCCCGACGGAAAUCAUCACCUCAUGAUAUUCAAAGAAUGAUUCCUUAUUGCUUUAAUUUAUAUAAUUUUUAGCAAUUGUACGAUUAAAUAUUUAAAUAUGAAUAAGCAGACCCUGCUUGUGCCCUGAUUUUACGUCAUUUGAAUUUAAUUGGACUAUAGUACAAAAUUAAUACACAGUGUUAUCACAGGCAAAGACACUGGAAAAUGUAUAUUUUUAUUUUCUAUCAUAAAGUGUCUUCAAUAGUGAGUGCUUUGGUAUAUGCUUUUGUCAAACAGACAGUCUUCUGAAAGGAAAUACAUUUAACUUUCUUAUGAAAAUUAGAUUCCAUAGAACAAAUUUUUAUUUUUUUAAUCAAGAUUUUUAAGGCACAGAAAACAACUAUACAAUUAAGCUGUGACACUUGUUAAAAGUGAGAAUUGUGUAAGUCGAUCAAGAUGACUCAGACUGAGAUCCAAAAAUAGUGGUCUUAUCGAUAGGAACAAGCUAGGAUGUACACAAAUAUACAUUAAUAACAUAGCAUAAUUUCCCAAGAUGUCAGCUCCCAUUUCCAUUGAUCUCUAGAGCCAAAGAUAUUUUUCAAUAUGGACAUACACUUUACAGAACUAAGUAUUCACCAUGAUAGAUAAAAUAAUUUUAAAUUUAUGAAGUAAAAUAAUGUGAUACUUUCUAAAUUUCAUAACUGAUAUAGCACAGGUAAAAUAAAACAAUACCGAUUGAAAUCAACUACCCAUGGCAGAAUUUCAAAACAUUAGAUCGGUAUUUUUCGGUGUAUGCUCAAUAUGAUCGGCAACAUUAGGCUUUAGUGAUAGGUCUUAAAGAAAAACACUUAACAUGGCCAAAAUGAUAAAUGAGAAAACAGCCAGAGCUACAUUACUACGAUGACAGAUUGUACUCACAUUGGAUUUGCUGUUUAUUUUAUCCUUGAUGUUAUUUAAAAUAUUGAGCAAUUCAAAAGAAACUUCAUUUUGAUAUAUUUUUUUCUUCCAUAAGUGUAACAUUAUUUCCAUUAGCAAAUCUAAUAUGAAAGCUCUUUGCAAUAUUCUACCAAACCGGAAUUGUUUGUGAUAUUGAGCAAAGGCCAAGUUCUUAAGUUGCAACCAAAUCUCAAGAUCAAUGUAACGUUCUUAACUACUUAAAAGUUAAGUGAAAAUCAGUUAUCCUGACUGCAAGACAAAUAAAUAUGUUUAUUUCAUAUAGCAAAUACAUUAUACCGGUACUGGGUGAACACUCAGAACUUGGGUUUAGUGUAUAUAACUGAUAUCUGUCUGUUAUUCAAUAGUUAAACAAUUGAUGUGUAGAAUUUAUGUGAUCGUAAAGUGAACAGCAGAAUGAACAAAUUCAUUCCAUUUCAGUCUUAGACUUCAUAUCAUUUGCAUAUGUAAAAAUAUUAUGUAAUUUUAAUGCGAAUUUUCAAAUGUUCUCUUGCAAUAAUUUUGCUUAAACCAGGCUUAGAACAGUCGUACAUUGAAUGCCUGAUUUAUUUAUCUUGAUAGAACUGUGUAAUGGCUGCUGCCAUUUAACUACUAUUUUUCUACAGAUAAAUGAUAAUAUUGUUACAUUUACCAGAUGCCAUAUCAUGUUAAUGACUGUGUUUUAUUAUGUACCUGUACAUGCAGAGAGCCCCUCUACCAGAAAAAUUGCAGGAUUAACAUGCCUCUUAUGAAUUCUUUGAAACGUUUUAUUCUGUGAUGGACAGUCUAUUAAAAAGGAUUGAGGCCUUUAAAUUUGUGUUGAAUAUGAGUAAAUUCAUUUAUAAAAACAAGGAACAAACACUUUCUUCCAGUUUACAAAUGUUCUUUAUUUUUCUUAAGAAGGGGGAGGGGGCUUGUUGUUUUCAUUAACUUGCAGAUCUUAUGUCCCAGUGGUAUAAAGUGUAAUGGAGAGUUAAGGACUCUCAAAUCAUUUGUAUUUUGUAACUUUGGAUGAAUUGAUUUUUUUAAUUUCUCAGAUAUAUCACUGAGUAAUACCGUGGUAUCUAUCUCUAGUCUUGAUUUCCUUAACUUCUCUCAGUCCCUUACACUUUCCCAUGUAUUGAAAUCCUCCAAAAUCUUGGUUUUAAUUUGAUAUACAUUGUACAAUAUUCAUAUGACAUGUUUUUGGUUAAUUUCCACUAACUGUAAACAUUUUGUUUUUAUGUUUGCUCGUUUGAUUUGGUUUACUUAUUUUUUUUUUAGGGGUGGGGGUUAGAGUUGGGAGUAAUAGUGUUGAUUUUAGGCAUAAAUUUAAUUGUUUUAUACAAAAAAAAAACAGGAGUACAAAAUUGUUGAAGAUGAUAAUUAAUUCACCUGUAAUUAUUACAGGUAUAAUGACCAUGGCACUAGUUUCUUCAAAAAUAUGCGCUUAUUUCAACUAUAUUGGGUUUUUUUCAUAAAAAUUUGAAAUCAGAAAUUUUUUGUAAGAUGAUGUAGAAGUCUCUACCCCUUUUAGCAUCUAUCAUAGCUAAUGUACUUUGUAGAAAAGAUAUUAUUGACAGCAUUAUGAUAAGACAGUCUUCAUUUUUUUGUAUAUGUAUAUUUUUAAUAUGAUAAAAAACUAACAUGCAUACUUUUGAUAUUCAACCCUGCCAUGUAAUAAAUGUACAUAUAUUUUCCAUGAAUUCUCUACCAGCAGGACUUUUACAUGUUUGAGGCUUGUUGAGGCUGAACACCAUUGCAUGUAUCACUAAAGGGCAACAAAAUUAAUUAGAAUUAAUGUGCAAUUUUAGAAGCAGAAAUAGUUAAUUUUAGAGUACUCUGCAAACCAAUUAGCUGAACAUUUAUUGGAAAUUUUAUUUUAGAAAGCAGUAUAUUGUUUUGUGGAAUAGGUAUAAGCCAUGUCUUGUCUAUUUUGACUAAUUAAUUUUCAUACAAUUGUAGAAUGUGGAUAUCUUCUAUCAACUUCUAACGUGUUAAAAAAUCAAACCGCAAAGUUUACAGACAUACUUUACAACAUUAUUCAACCAUACAUUUGGAGAAGGAAAAAUAGUUUUGGUUAUAAUGAUGUUAAGGGAAAACACACUUCUUUGCCAUAAUUUCUGACCACAUGUAUAAUUUUCUGGUAGAGUUUUGAUUGUAUUUAAUCAUUUGUAUGUAUUGCUACGGAAUUACUAUUCCAAUGUAAUAUCAGAAGUUUUUGAAAUCUGUAAAAUCUGGUUAGCUUAAUUCACUAAGUAAAGGUUAAGUAAAGGGAUAGAAAAUGCUGCCUCUGUGGUUGUAUCCACUAACAAUGUCUAUAUAGUUCAGCAUACCUCAGUCUCAGUACGGAGUUUUUACUGUUGCUAUUUUGUAAAAAGAAGAUGCUGUAAUUUGGUGCAACAUGUAAUACAUGUAAUGUCUAUUUGGUCUCUAAGAUAUUGAUUACAAAUUUGCUGAUAUAUGUAAAUGGUACAUGUAUUCUUAUACUGCUACACAUGAAGAAAAGUGGUGCUUAGAGGAUCAAGACUGGGUUAUUCUGAUCAACUAUCGAGGGCUGUAUACACAGUAUAUGGCAGCAGGGGGACUUCAAAUUGUAGUGAAUCUGUGAUAAUAUAAAUCUGUGUGUAGUCCAGCAGUGUAGAAAAAUAUUGUGUCUAUUUUGUGUGUUAUUAUUUUUUUGUACUUAAUGAUUUAUUUUAACAAAACUCUUUGAAUAUUAAAUUAUUUGUGAAAAGCAGCAUAACUGUA